GGCAGCACCGUUAAUUUUAGUCUAUACUGAAAAUGAGGCAUAUGGGGUGGUCUGGGGGUUUGGGGACCCACGGGGCAGCCGGCUCCAGCCACAGGCAGACAGCAGCACCUCUGGGGGCUUUGAAGGGAAGAAAAGUCAGAGCCCUGCAUUGCUUAGGCAGCCACCUGAGGGCUUGAAACAGCGCAGAAAAGCACCUUUUCCAUGUCUCACCGGGGAGGACGAGCACAACGUUCCACUUCGAAUGGUGACCAUGAUGUGCAAACUGUCCCUUCGCAGCUCCGUGCCUCAGUUUCCCCAGGAGGGACAAUGCCGGGGCGGAUGUGCACGGGGGCUCUGGAGCGAGGCUGGAUUGCAAGACACCACCAUUUCUUCUGUGCCCAGAACUCUCAGGUUGAAGCCGUCCUACCGAGGAAGGGCUGGGGGAUCGUCUUGCCCGCUGCGCGGUAUUAAGAGUUAAGCUUAAUGCUUCAAAUACCAAGAUCAUCUCUCGGCGCUGACUUAGGAUGCGAUUUCACGCUCAGCUUUAGGAGGAGGUCCCGGGCACACGGUCCCUCUGGUCGCCCAUGGAUGGGGAUGUGCUGGGGCAGGUGGCUCCCCCACCACUCAACACCCAACGCUCCUGCUCUCCUCGUCAAAAGGAUUCCUUUUUUUCAGAUUUAAAAAUAAUUUCUGGUGGUUUGUAUUAAGAAAAAAAAUAAGGAAAAUAGGGAAAAGUUAUGCGCUGCUUUUCCUUUUUCUAUAAUGCUUUGCUUUUUUCUCUUUUCUUUCUACUUGUUUUUCUUUUUCCUUUUUCUCCUUUUUUCUUCCUUCUUUCUUCUUCUUUCUCCUUUAUUUUUAUUCUUUUUUUUUUCCUUUUUUUUUUUUUUCUCCUCAAUACUUUUUUAUUGUCUUUAAUGCUUAUUUUUCCCUCAAAAGACUUAAGAGAGCUUUGUCAAAGCUGGGCUUAUCUCAGCAUCCCUUUCCCUACCUCCUGAUGCUCCACAGGCACCAAACCGUGGCUUGUCUGCAGCUCACCCUAAUGUCAAACAGGGAAACCGAGGCACCGGUGUGGCUCAGUGCCCGCGGAUGGAUCCUUUCCCAGCACCCGGCUGCCCGAAGCAGAGCCGGCGGUGACCGUCCCAUGGCAGGACCGGUCCCAAAUUAAUAGCGCUGCUGCUCCGGGCAGACGUGGCCUAAAUUGCGUUGCUAUUCCUGGCAGCCGAGGGCACUUGGGCUUUUUUGCUCUCUGAGCUUGGCUGGGUGCGGAAACCAACGUGUCCUUGGUGAGCAGCAGCUCCGCCUGUCUCCCCGUGGUUUCUCGUGUAAAAAUGUAUUUCUGGUGUAAAGAGGGGAAAUAAAUCAGGGGGUUGAGUUAGCUUACAAGCUACAUUUUUGGGAGAAUCUCCCCAGAACCUUUCCCUGUUAACCUCUGAUUUCUGUAUGUGCUUCUCCCUGAGGCAGAACAGGUAAUUUCCUGGCUCUCUAACUUGGUCGCAUCCCAGAGUUCCUCUUCAGCUUUGCCUUCGGGUUCGGUACAAAAGCAGCGGCGUGUUGGGGAGAUGUGUGCCCAGGAGGAUUUUGGGGAUGUGGUGUCCAUUGCUGAGCACCCGACAGUUGGUCAGGGGGAAAAAAUCCACCCGUGGCCUGAGUGAUGCUCGCCAAGGGAUCUGAGUGUUUAGUCCUUGUCUUCUCCCUAUGGCUGGGAACAUCAGGGCUGCCAUGAAGGAGGCCUAGGAGGUCCUGGAGGACAUCACCUCACCACUGGCCCCUCAAAGUCUGGAUGAAGACAAGGGGUCCCCAUUUGUACCCUCUUCACACAGAGCACAGGAGUUGUCCAAGGCUGGUGGACAGGUCCUUCUCCUCCUACCUUGCCUUCCUCAUGGGCUGGGCUCCCCAAGUCCCAGCAUGGCCCCUACUUUGGGAAUUGCUUCCUGAAUGCCGGUUGACCCAGCUGCAACGUGCCCAGGACCUCCUGGGCUUUGACCCAAUGGCUCUCCCAGCAGCUCAGCAGGACCCCCGUGUUUCCUACCUCCAAAUCCUGCUCCAAAUUCUGGAACCGCAAAUAUCUGCCAUGACCCUUUGCUCUGCAGGGCUGGGGACAGGCUGGGUGGGACACCCAGGGUCACCCCAUCCUCUGCUGCUGCCUGACCUUUUACCCUUGGUGCUGUCGAUGGUUUUGGGAGGUUUAACGAUGAUGGUGAAGCCAUGCCAAAAGGGCUUGCAGGAUCCAGAGAUGAACGACUUGCUGGAAUAUAAGGCUUUUGCCAGUCAACGAAAUUAAUGUUUCUAUUUUAAAAAUUCAGGGUUUUCUAACCUGGGGUUUGUUUUAUUCUUUUUGGUUGAACCAAGACAUACAUGUGCACAAUUCAGCUCUGUCUCUGUCCGUUCCCUUGCAGAUCCUCGUAGCGUGGGAAAGACACAAGCUGCCGGCAUCCGACCCGGGGAUUUAUGCUGCUAAUCUGAUUAGUGUAUGAUGGACGUGUCCAGUUGGAAGGAGAUGGAGGUGGCACUAGUCAGUUUUGACAACGCUGAUCAGAUCGUGGAGGAUCCCUGUUAUUCAAACGACCUCAGCCCCGCUGGGCAGUCACGGAAAGGCCAUCCCAGCUGCGCCAACCUCCUCUCCAACCUGAGGAUCCUCAUCAACAGCGAAAAUGCCAACAAUGAAACCAUUUUCUCCAGGUUUUCCGCUGAGUUCAGUGAGCACCUGGUGGGGGAGAGGGUGGGCAUGGAUGAGGGGGACCAACGAGUCAUCAUCAACAUCGCUGGGCUGAGGUUUGAGACGCGGCUCAAGACCCUCAACCAGUUCCCUGAGACCUUGCUUGGGGACCCGGAAAAGAGGAUGCGCUACUUCGACUCCAUGAGGAAUGAAUAUUUCUUCGAUAGGAACAGGCCCAGUUUUGAUGGGAUCUUGUACUAUUACCAGUCCGGUGGGAAAAUACGGCGCCCGGCCAAUGUCCCCAUUGAUGUCUUUGCUGAUGAAAUCACCUUCUACGAGCUGGGUGAUGAAGCCAUGGACCAGUUCAGGGAGGAUGAAGGGUUCAUCAAGGACCCUGAGACCCUCUUACCAACCAAUGACUUUCAUAGGCAAUUUUGGCUGCUCUUUGAAUACCCUGAAAGCUCCAGUGCGGCUAGGGGUGUGGCUUUGGUCUCCGUCUUGGUCAUUGUCAUCUCCAUCAUCAUCUUCUGCAUGGAGACCUUGCCGGAGUUCAGGGAGGAACGGGAGUUUAAAUCCACCCAGGAGCUUUCUAAGAACCUGACAGACACCUUGCUGGCCCACAGCACCUUCACGGACCCUUUCUUCGUCAUAGAGACAGCCUGCAUCAUCUGGUUCUCCUUCGAGCUGUUCGUUCGGUUCAUCGUGUGUCCCAGCAAGACCGAGUUCUUCAGGAACAUCAUGAACAUUAUCGACAUCGUGUCCAUCAUCCCCUACUUCGUGACGCUCACCACCGAGCUGAUCCAGCAGAGCGAACUCAACGGGCAGCAGAACAUGUCCUUGGCCAUCCUGAGGAUCAUCCGCCUGGUCAGGGUCUUCCGGAUCUUCAAGCUGUCCCGGCACUCCAAGGGGCUGCAGAUCCUGGGCCAGACCCUCAAGGCCAGCAUGCGGGAGCUGGGUUUGCUCAUCUUCUUCCUCUUCAUCGGCGUCAUCCUCUUCUCCAGCGCUGUCUACUUCGCCGAAGUGGAUGAGCCGCAGUCCCACUUCUCCAGCAUCCCCGAUGGCUUCUGGUGGGCCGUGGUCACGAUGACCACCGUUGGCUACGGAGACAUGUGUCCCACCACCUUGGGUGGCAAGAUCGUGGGGACUCUGUGCGCCAUCGCGGGGGUGCUGACCAUCGCGCUGCCCGUCCCCGUCAUCGUCUCGAACUUCAACUAUUUCUACCACCGGGAGACGGAGAACGAAGAGAAGCAAAUUCUGCCCGGGGAGGUGGAGCGGAUCCUCACCAGCGUGGUGACGGGAGCCGGCAGCAUGGAGUCGCUCAAUAAGACCAAUGGGGGUUACCCUCGAGACAAGGCCAAAAAAUGAUGCUCGAGGCCCUGAUGGGACUGGGCCGAGUCAGCUGGGGUUGGCUGGAUAAGGUAUAAAACAUCUGCACGCUGAGAUUUAUUUAUUUUUAAACCAAAUGUGCUGCUGCUUUUUUUUUUUUCUUUUCCUAGACAUUUUUCAAUCUCUGAUUUCCUGCGGCUGUUCAAAUAAAUACCAUCUUUCUUAUCUCUC